UUUUCUGUACUCAGGUCCUGUACGAGUGUACGUAGUGUCUUGUCUUAUGAGAAAUUAAGGAGAUUUCUGGACUUGUAACAAAAUAAUAUCAAGUUAAUAACAAGUGCAACCAUUGGAAUAUACAGUUGUAUUUUAUUUACAAAAAAAUAAAUGUUAUAAUGGAGGAUAAAUUAAUGCUGGACGAUAUAUCCAGCAGUUUGCGAGAGAGGGUGUUUUUCGCUGCAAGGGAUGGAAUGUCUUUGACUUUAUACGCUUUGUUAUGUGAGAAAACUACGGACGACAUAGAUGAUCUUCUGAACAGCGAUGUUUGUUGUGAUGGAGUGAAGUGUACUCCAUUGAUAGCAGCGUCAAGACAAGGCCGCGACGGUGCAGUUAGGAUACUUCUAGAAAAGUUCCGUCCACCAGUUAGACUGGAGACGGAGGGAACGGUUAAGUUUGAUGAAUAUGUUAUUGAAGGUGCUACAGCACUAUGGUGUGCAGCCGGUGCAGGUCACUUGGGUAUAGUCAAGCGAUUGGUUCGCGCCGGCGCGAAUGUAAACCACGCGACAAAGACACUGAGCACGCCCCUAAGAGCAGCUUGCUUCGACGGAAGACUAGAUAUAGUGAAGUACCUCGUGCGACACGGGGCGGACAUACACAAGGCGAACAAGUAUAAUAAUACUUGUCUCAUGAUCGCCUCCUACAAGGGACAUUUGGAUGUGGUCCAGUUCCUGCUGGACAGCGGCGCGCGCGUGGACGACCGCGCGCUGUGCGGCGCCACCGCGCUUCACUUCGCGUCCGAGUGCGGGCACGCGGCCGUCGUGUGCGCGCUCAUCGACCACAACGCGAAGAUACUCGCCAACGAAAACGGCAUGACACCGCUGCAGUGUGCAGCGGAACGAGCUCGAGCGUCCGUGGUAGAACUGCUGGCAGCGAGACCAGAGGUUACACGAGCGCAGGCUAUAGAGGCUUAUGAGCUACUGGGCGCCUCCUUCGCAAACGAUAAGGAGUACUACUGCCUCAGGAUGGCUUAUCAAUACCUACACAGAGCGAUGGCGAUGCGGUACGACACUCGCUAUGGGUUGCUUUUGAAGAAACCUGCAGAACCAAUUCCUGCUUAUGAUAAUUGGAGAGAGAGUACUACACUAGAGGACGUGGAGCGGCUGGCGGGCGACCCGCACGGGCUGCACAUGGAGGGGCUGGCGGUGCGCGAGCGGCUGCUGGGCCGCGCCUGCCCCGACCUGCCGCACCCCGUCGUGUUCCGCGGCGCCGUGUUCGCGGACGAGGCGCGCUUCGACCGCUGCCUCGCGCUCUGGAGGCACGCGCUCGCGCUGCGUCACCAGAACCAGGUUUCCGUUGUUAAGGAUUUACUGAGAUUUGCACAAGUUUUCUCACAGAUGAUUCACAUUGGAAUUGAACUGCCACUAGAUCAGGUUUGUUACGUGCUAGAAGCUUGUUCAGAGGAACUAAAGCGAGGCAUCAUUAGGAUAGAAAAACCACAUAUGAAUCAUGACCCGGAUGCUUUAAUUGUAAUACUAUUUACGAAAUCGUGUGUAUUGUAUAUUGGUGUUUAAUUACGUCAGGAGGAAUACGAGAGUAACGUCCGAACGGCGCUAUACUUAGUAGCAGUUGCUGCGAGACUUCUAGAAAACUCUGGUAAUGACGAAGAGACUAUAGGUGCGGUUCACAGAGCUGUGUUCAGGUUGCGACACGCGUCGCUGAGGUCGGGCCAGACGCUACUACACCUCGCUGUGGACAGGCGGACGCCGGUCGACGACUUUCAUACGAGUGACGUUUGUCAGUUCCCGUGUCCUCGUAGUACGCGGCUGUUACUAGCGUGCGGUGCGCACGUAGACGCAUCGGAUGACGUGCGCCGCACGCCACUACACAUAGCCCUUAUAUCCUUUCAGCUAGUACCUGGUGACUCUGACGAUCGAUCGCAGUGUCGUGAAGCGAUGUGCGACUGUGUGUGUGAGCUGUUAACUCACGGAGCGCACGUGGACGCCGUGGACUCCGCCGGGAUCACUCCUCUAGUUGCCGCUAUCGGUGGGCCGGCGGAGGCCGUGGUCCGCGCGGCGCUCCGGCCGCGCCUGGCGUGCCUGGCGGCGGCCGCGCUCGCCGCGCACGGCGCCCGCUACGCGCCGCCGGCCGUGCCGCGCGUGCUGCACGCCUUCCUCGCCAUGCACGGCGUCGAGCCCAGCUAGGCGCACACUCGCCCACACACACACAUACAUCCCGUAUAAACUUACUCAGUUACACCUACAUGUACACUAGUCAUGCCAUCUACCGGACACACACACACACACACACAGUCACACCUACAUGUACACUAGUCAUGACCAUCUACAUAUACAUACAUUACUCACAUACACCAACUUACUGAAGGUUAUACGCACACUCGCCUACGGACACCCACACACGCACACAUGCCGUAUAAACUUACUCAGUUACACCUACAUGUACACUAGUCAUGACCAUCUACAUAUACAUACACUACUCACACACAUCAACUUACUGAAAGUUAUAUCCACUGUACACAACACGUAUGGAUAUUGAGCGCUGACUUGAGCGCUGACCUGAGCGCUUCGACUUGACUUUAACAUUUUAUGAAUAUUUUUAUGUUGAAUGAGUAAAUACUUCGAAAUUUUAUUUAUUUUUAUUUUUCUACUGAAGAAAAUUGUUUUUGUUUGCGAAACUUGUAUAAUGAGAAAAGCUAUCCCCACUCUGUCGCCGAGCGCUCAAUAUUCGUCCAAGUACCUAUAAACGUCUUACACUUAUAUUUUUAGUAAUGUAACAUACAUUUAAGUUACAAACUCAAACUAAGAAUUACAUUUACAAAUUCAGAAUCAGAAGAACAAAAUCAAAACCAAUCAUCUUCGUAAUAAAAUAA